GUGGGCGUCCGAUCGUCCACGUUUCCGAUCGUCCCUUUUCCCGUUUCCUGCUUCUCCUCGAGUUUAAAAUAGCAGCGGCCCUCGCUCGCCAUGCGCACGUUAGCCCGGAUAUUUGUACCCCACUAAAAAGCACCACCUCCCAUGUCUCCGUUCAAGGACCUUACCAGGAUCAUCAAUGGCGUCUCCCUCGUCGCCCGGGAGGCCACCAAGCGAUCCGAAGCCUUCACGGCCGCAAGAAACGGCGACCUCGAAACCCUAGUUUCCAAAACCCUGAAGGCCGCCUUGGUCUCCGCCACCGAUCUCGCCGGUUUCACCAGAGGAACACCUCGUGGGAUUUCAAGCCCUAGGCCCAAAGAAUCCGUAGUCUACUUCUCGGAUCCCGAACCCGAACCCGAACCCGAAUCCAGAACGGAACCUACCAUCUCAAGACCCGACCCCAUAGAGGAAGCCAUUCCGGCUUCGUCGCAGGUUCCAGCUAGAGAAGAUGAAGCAAAAGAGGUUGUUGCGGAGAAUUUGAAGGCGGCGAACGAAAAAUUGAGGGAUUUAAGUACGAAAAUUGACGAGAAAGAUGCCAAUUUGGCAAAUUCGAAUGAGAAGGGCAACACUGCCAGUGACAGCGGAAGCGAGCAGAGGGUAGUUCCUCCAAAGAGAAGGCGGCCAAGAGAGAGGAGAGUUCCUUCGACGCCAAUGACGCGAUUUAUGGGGUUUGCUGGUUUGGGAGCUGGUCUUGCUUGGGGUACAGUUCAGGAAUCAGCAAAGAGGAUUGUUUAUGGUACACCCACAACAACUGAUGGGAAUCAAUCUGCUCUCUCACCCUUAUUAUCUGAGCAAAAUGCUGAGAGACUCGCACUUGCUCUCUGUAGAAUGCGAGGAGCUGCGCUGAAAUUGGGUCAGAUGCUGAGCAUACAGGACGAAUCCCUUGUCCCAGCUCCGAUUUUGGCGGCGUUAGAAAUUGUUCGCCAAGGUGCAGAUGUGAUGCCCAGGAGCCAGCUUAAUGACGUUUUGGAUGCUGAACUAGGUCCUGAUUGGUCAUCUAAGUUGAGGAGUUUUGAUUAUGAGCCUCUCGCUGCGGCAAGUAUUGGCCAGGUCCAUCGAGCAGUUAUGAAGGAUGGGUUGGAGGUCGCAAUGAAAAUACAAUAUCCUGGCGUUGCUGAUAGCAUUGAUAGUGAUAUUGAGAAUGUGAGGCGUCUUUUAAACUACACAAAUCUCAUUCCAGAAGGGCUUUUCCUUGACAGAGCUAUUAAGGUGGCGAAGGAGGAACUCGCUAGGGAAUGUGAUUACGUUUUAGAAGCUGGCAAUCAGAAGCGAUUCCGUGAACUAGUAUCGGAAGGGUUCUAUGUUCCUCUAGUCAUUGAUGCAAUAUCAAGCAGGAAAGUUCUAACAACUGAGCUUGUCACAGGAGUACCUAUUGAUAAGGUGGCUCUUCUGAAUCAAGAGACUCGUGAUUACGUUGGAAAGAAGUUGCUUGAGCUGACGCUAAAAGAGUUGUUUGUUUUCCGCUUCAUGCAGACAGACCCGAAUUGGAGCAAUUUUCUUUAUGAUGAUGCCACAAAAAUGAUCAAUCUCAUUGACUUUGGGGCAGCUCGCGACUACCCACAAAACUUUGUAGAUGAUUAUUUGCGAAUGGUGAUUGCCUGUGCAAAUAAAGACCGAGAAGCGGUAAUUACAAUGUCACGUCGACUUGGGUUUCUGACCGGUGAAGAAUCAGAGGUUAUGUUAGAUGCUCACGUUCAAGCUGGUUUCAUUGUUGGUCUUCCCUUCUCAAAUCCAGGCGGCUAUGACUUCCGAUCAACAAAUAUAACACAGAGCAUCUCCAAUCUUGGAGCCACGAUGCUGAGGCACAGGUUAACUCCGCCACCAGAUGAAGCCUAUAGCCUUCAUCGAAAGCUAUCCGGUGCCUUUUUGGCCUGCAUCAAGCUUGGUGCUGUGGUGCCUUGUAGAGAAUUGUUGAUGCAAAUUUAUGAGACAUACGAGUUCAGUGAUGAUGAUGCUGAGUUUGUGACUAGUUCAUUAUAGUGAUAUAAAAUUUUGCAAAAAAAAAAAGUGACAUUCUUGUUCUGCCAAUUGCAGCUAUUCUUUUUAUAAUAAUGGUGUUUUUUGAAUCCAUUUAUGAAACAUGGAGAUGUAAUAUCUUAACAUAAAAGUGGAAAAUGAGAAACUACAUGUUACAAAUUUUAA